AUUGUUUUUGCUGUAAAAAUUAAUCAAAUUUCACAAUUUUUUGCUGCAUUUCACGUGUAAAGGCAUUUCCAGCGACAAAUUAGUGCGGAAAUAUGGUGUUAGCUGACUUAGGUCGUAAAAUCACGUCUGCUUUGCACUCGUUGAGCAAGGCAACGGUGAUAAAUGAAGAGGUUCUCAACUCGAUGUUAAAAGAGAUUUGCGCUGCCUUGUUGGAAGCUGAUGUAAACAUUCGUUUGGUGAAAAAAUUGCGAGAAAAUGUUCGUGCUGUUAUCGAUUUCGACGAAAUGGCUGGCGGACUCAACAAACGUCGCAUGAUCCAAUCUGCUGUCUUCAAGGAAUUAGUAAAACUCGUCGAUCCGGGAGUCAAGCCAUACCAACCGGUGAAAGGUCGUCCCAAUAUUAUCAUGUUUGUCGGUUUGCAAGGCAGCGGCAAGACAACAACGUGCACGAAACUCGCCUAUCACUACCAAAAGAAGAAUUGGAAGUCGUGUUUGGUGUGUGCAGAUACAUUCCGUGCUGGCGCUUAUGAUCAAAUUAAACAGAAUGCCACAAAGGCACGCAUUCCCUUCUACGGAAGCUACACGGAAGUCGAUCCCGUGGUUAUUGCGCAAGAAGGCGUCGAAAUGUUCAAGAAAGAGGGCUUCGAAUUCAUCAUUGUCGAUACCAGUGGGCGUCACAAGCAAGAAGAAUCCUUGUUUGAGGAGAUGUUGGCGGUUGCUCAAGCGAUCAAUCCUGACAACAUUAUCUUCGUCAUGGACGCCACAAUUGGUCAAGCAUGCGAAGCCCAAGCGCGUGCCUUCAAGGAAAAAGUCGACAUUGGUUCCGUUAUCAUCACGAAACUCGAUGGACAUGCCAAGGGAGGCGGUGCAUUGUCAGCUGUAGCAGCGACAAACAGUCCCAUCAUCUUCAUUGGCACAGGCGAGCACAUCGACGACUUGGAACCCUUCAAAACGAAACCGUUUAUCAGUAAAUUGCUCGGUAUGGGCGAUAUUGAAGGUCUUAUCGACAAAGUAAAUGAACUGAAACUCGACGAUAACGAAGAACUUCUUGAAAAAAUCAAGCACGGGCAAUUUACGAUUCGUGACAUGUACGAACAAUUCCAAAAUAUCAUGAAAAUGGGUCCAUUUUCGCAAAUUAUGGGCAUGAUUCCGGGAUUUUCGCAGGAUUUCAUGACGAAGGGCGGCGAACAAGAGUCCAUGGCACGCAUUAAGCGACUAAUGACGAUGAUGGAUAGCAUGUCGGAUGGCGAACUCGAUAAUAGAGAUGGCGCGAAAUUGUUUAGCAAGCAGGGAAGUCGUGUGACACGCGUCGCCCAAGGCUCAGGUGUCACGGAACGUGAAGUUAGGGAGUUAAUUACGCAAUACACGAAAUUUGCUGCUGUCGUUAAGAAAAUGGGAGGCAUCAAGGGAUUGUUCAAAAAUGGCGAUAUGACGAAAAAUGUCAAUCCAACGCAAAUGGCGAAGUUGAACCAACAAAUGGCAAAGAUGAUUGAUCCACGAAUGUUGCAACAGAUGGGCGGUAUGUCGGGAUUACAGAACAUGAUGCGUCAACUCGGAGGUCUUGGCGGACAAGGAGGCGGUUUAGGAAAUCUUAUGAGCAGUUUUGGCGGAGGAAAGUCUUAAAUUUUUGUUUUUUUUUGUUCAUUUUUUUGAUAAAAUGCUUGUAAAAAUACCAUUCGACUUGUAAAAAAAGUCAAUUUAUCUAAAAAAAAAAUCGAGAGAUUUUAU